ACAAGGGUCAACCAAGAAUUCAUCCUCCUAAUCUGGUCUCAUACAUGGUCAGCUCACUGGACUAUCAAGAAGCUGCAGAUCUGUUGCUCCUGCAGUGUUCAGAUCAGGCAGAUGAAGUGAAACAAUGCUCUGAUUUAUAUGUAACUCGUGUAAGAGCGUGAUGAGUCUCCACAACAGAUGUGGGGAAGUCCUACUUCUACAGCAGUUACAUUAAAGGUCAUUGUUAUCUCCAGAAAGCUUUUUUAGUUGCUUGCCACAUUUAAUCAGGUGCACAUCCUGCCUGCUGUUCUUUUUCAGCUGCUGAACCUGCAGUGCAUAACUGACACUCCCAACACAAACUGCUCCACAGAGGGAAUCAAGCCAGAAUCGUCUUGUUUGUCAUGCUCUCCUGUCUGUUCUGGACUUAGAGUGACGGCGGGGAUUCAGUAGAAUAAAAUAUAACUUAACUUUACGUCUUACAUUUAAUGGUAAUUCAUUGAAAAAAUGCCAGUAUAUAUUAAUAUACAUCCACAUGCUCAGCAAGAUCACGUAUAGGAAUUUAACUUAACUCUUAUUAUCUUAUUGUUUCCAGUCAUGCAUUAUUAGAUUUUAAUAUUAUACACAGUAAAACUACAAUUUGGUCUCUCCUAUAUGGGAAUGCAUUUCUUAUGAGUGAAACUAUUUGUUAUCUAACUGGGAGGAAACUGCAAUACUGAAUGCAUGUUUGAAAUCACCACACCACCGAUAAACUCCCAUCUGUUAUCGGUGUAAUAUCUGAAGUUUUUAUGCGGUAUGACGUGAAGUCAACGUAUUGCAACAUCUUGUGGCUUGCCACUAAAAUUCACCAUUCUAUUAGUUCUAAUCAGAGCCAAACAUUAUUUGUCUUGUUAAUGUAUUUAAUAUGUCUUGUAUUUAAGGAAGCUGCAAUGUUGACAUGGUGAUCCUCCCUCUCAAACUCAUCUCAUUAACGCCUGACACGGUUGUCAGAGUGACCUGCGAGUUCCUGUGUUUGGGACCUGAACAUGUCAUGCAGCUUUAGGAACAGUGUUGUUGUUAUGUUAUUAUGCUCUCAGCACUCUCUUCCACCAGCAUUAAAAACAUCAAGCUCAUCUCUUGGAUGGAUGUGUGUCUGGUAAAUGUGACCAAGGUCUGUCUAAUGUGACGCUGGUUUUCUUCAUGAACUCUUCAGACAGUGGUUCCUACUACUAACCGCACCACCAUGCCCCCUGUGACUGUUAAUCCCUUCUUUUUGUCACUGGUUAAGAAACCAAUAAAUACUUAAUUUUAUUUUUUUAUUACAAAAAAUCUGAGAAACACAUCUCAUACUAGCACUCAACAUCUACCAAAUAUGACUUCUGAAUAGUUUUUAAUUAAUAUUUUUUUCUUAAAUUCUUUUGAACCCAUGUGCUUAACUCUUUGUACAGACAGGUGUCGAAACACAUAUGUGAUUUUAGGUGUUGCUGGGCAAAGUCUCACUCCAUGUCAGCAUGAUCAUUUUGAGCAUCAUAAAGAAAGGAGGACCAGUAAAUUCUAUUUCUAUUAUACUUUUUGCCUAAUAAAGACAGAUAUAUUAGGUAUUUUGAAGUCACAAAAAAUAUAAUUUCCUAGUCUUGGCUUCAAAUAUUUGUAUAAAAUAUACAAGGUUGCUUUUCUCCGAUCACUUAUUUCAUGAAUAGUGAAGUGUUAUAUUAAAUGAAGAGUUGCGUCUUUGUGUUUAUUGUCUACUAGCAGUAAACAUUGCUUCUUAAUUCAGUUGUUUUUAGAAUGACUGAAAAACCUUAUUUACAAUCACUUUUAACUUUAUCGAUCUGCACCAACCAAAGAAUUUUCACAAAACGGCAUCACAAGAUGUCAUUCUAAAGCUUGUGCGUAGUGCUUACAAUGUCGCCUGCAAGAAAGCAGAACAAAAACAAUUCAAUCUGAAAAUUAUAUUUAGUAAAAGCAAUGUAUUUGCCUGGACGUUGCUGUGUCGGUACGACAGUACGGAACGAUUGAAAACAUGAACAACAACAAACCACAUGGUGGCGAUAGUGCAACCCCGAUCUCCUUAAUCGUCACAGGAGAAGAAGAACCAACAUGGCGUCCCCCAGCAGCGGUGUUGUCAGUGACAGGAGAUGAUUCGGGUCAUACGGAUGUAAUCUGCGGGAAUACUAGUCAUUUGGGGAUGUUUAUAGAAAUGUCUCCGUGUUUGAGAAUAGUCGGUACCAUCGUCUCACCUCCACUGGUCUUAAGAGAUGCGGGACUGUUGGCAGCACAUGGACGUGGGGUCCUUCUGGCCCGGAGACAUUUGUCCACAAGCUCCUGUCUCACUGGAAAAAUGCCUCCUCUGAGGAAAACCAGGGAGAAGGUCGAAAUCCCCGGCUUGGAGAUGAUUACCUACGGGGAGAGGAUGCAUUAUGUACCAGGGCUGGCGAAGCCCGUCUUCCCCAAGUGGGAGAGGGAGGAGAAGGAUCCGUUCCAUUACACAAGUCCCCCGCAUCAGGAAAUGCCGCUGUACAAGGAGAAACCUUGCUACGUGUUCCACCAGAGGACCAGCAUCCUUGAAGGUCUGGUCCAGGCUCUGUGGUUGACUAAAACCAAGCUGACCACUGGACUGCCCGCCCACAUCCUCUCACCGGCCGUGGGUCUGGCCAGUCAAAUACCAGAUCAGGAUGAGCGAGUGCAGAACGCCAUCAGACAUGCGCGCUUCUGGGACACCACCGAGGAGCGGCCCAAGAAAGAUGUUUACGGCAAAACCCUGCUCCUCAACCUCCUGCAUCUCUGUGGGACCCUGCAGACCUCCCACCCCAGUCUCAGCAGGAGAAUGUUCGCAGAGAGCUACUCGUUGUCCACCACAUGGACCAGAGGGGAGAACAUGUUCCAGAUCCGUGGUCUGAACGGUCUGCUCCACACCAGCAUGGAUCCUUUGCCGCAGGUUUCUGACAAACAAAAAGUAUUAGAGACGGCCGAUGAGAUGCUGGAGACCUUCUACCCUGUCUCCCCGACCAUAGACCUGCAAGAGGUCCAUUUGUACAAGGAAGUCAACUGCACAGGUUUCAGCGCUGAGUGUCCGUACCCCCACGCCCACACACUCUACUUCCUGGAGGACUCGGAUCCCGGGUGCAAGCUCAAACCAGAACAGUUCCGAGCCAAGAUGAUGAUGUUUGCUUUCGGGAAUGCUCUGGCUCGAGCGUACACACUCUAUGGGCCCACUCAGAGUGUUCUGGAUCAACCUAUCACGGUCCAAGCCAUCGGUUCCAAUGGCAGAAUCUUCCAGUUCCUCAUCUUCCAGCUGAAUACCACAGAUCUGACCGGAGACGAUGGCGUCAAGAACCAGGUUUGGCUGGAUGAAGACGUCGAGCUCUAUGACUUUGCUAAAGUCAGACCAUACAUUAAGAAGAAGGAAGUGAGGGUUCCUGCUGGUCUGAAGGGUUACAAGCCUGAAACCUUCAACAAGUUCCUGGCUCUCUACCUGAAUGGAGUAGUCUAGGAUCACCAGCUCUUCAGAGCAAUAGUGUGAGUGAGUGAGUGUUGCGUCCAGGAUGGGAUUGGGUGAGACCUGAGUGACCAGGCUGCUCAGUCCAGUGAGUUAAUGCAUUGAUUAUGGUUUCAAACUGCUAAAUAAAGUCUGCGUUUCAGUGUAUC